UGCAAUCCAGAAUAGCUCAAAGCUUGGUCUUAUCAAGGCCAGCUUUAAAAGCAGUCAAGCCAAUUUCGCUCAUCUCAGCAAGAUCUUUGGUACUCAAUUCAUUAGUUAAACCCCAAACCUUUAUGAGACCAACUUCAAUUGACUUUUCAAAUAAAGUUCACAGAUUAUACUCCACCAAAACUGCACCUCCACCUCCACCUCCACCGCCAUCGGAGCCAUCUGAUAAAAAUGCAAAGGGUAAACUUAUCCUCAACAGAAUCUCCAGGUUUUUCACCUUUUCAUUAUCAUCAGUCCUUGUAUUAGGUGCUUUUGGGGUAUCUUUAUUGGUUAUUUAUCUUAUUUUAUCAGAAUUAUUCUUACCUUCCGGUGAUACCAAAACUUUCAACAAGGCAGUUAAGCUUCUCGAACAAAAUGAAUUGGCCCAAAAGGCAUUAGAUUUUAAAUCGGGUGAAAGAGUUAAAGCUUAUGGUGAAGUACCUGGUGACAGAUGGGUCCGUAACAGACCAGUUCAAAGUGUAAGAUCAAAAGGUAAAGAUGGCAAUGAUCGUCUUUAUAUGAAAUUUCAUGUUGAAACUGAUAGUGGGAAGCAUGGAUCAGUCACCCUCGAACAAGUUGAUACUUCUUUCUGGAGUUCAGAAUUUUCUUAUAUUGCAUUAGAUAUCCCAAGACAAAGAAGAAUCUACAUAAUAGAACCUAAAUAUCAAGGUUUAUUACACAAUGAACACGGGAAUAAUGGAUUUCUAGGUCUUAAAUGGGGUCCUAAAAAAGAUAACUAA